CCCCUCCUCCCUUUUCUUGCCAUCUAAGCGAAUCAUCGCGUUCUUCGAUUGAUUCCACACUGCGCGCUGUGCUGGAGAAUCGUCCAAGAUGAGAAGAGGCAGACAGAGAAAGCGAUUGUCGCGAAUGGACGCGGCGGUUGAUGCCAUGGCGCAGUUAGGCUUCACGAAAGCUCAAGUUAAGAAGCACGUCACGCAGCUUCUUAGGGUAUAUGGCGGAGAUGAUGGAUGGCCUUUCAUUGAGGAAUGUGGAUAUAAGGAGCUGCUUGAGUCCUUGCUUCGUGUUGACGAAGAGGAUAAUCAAGAGAACCCCGCGCAAAUUGGCUACAGUGAGAAGGAAAAGUCUACUGAGGACGAUACAGCUGCCGGGACAUCCAGCACAGUUUCGGACAUGCAGCAAGACGAAAGACCCGAAGAACACAACCCUCCAGCUGAUACUUCCGAGUCCUUUUCCACAGUUGCAGAGCUGCCUUUGCACCUGGAAUUUUCAUCAGCGCACGAUGUCCAGCCACUCUGCGCAUCCGAACAUGCAAUGGAAGACACGAUUCUACAGCUACCCUCUGGAGAAGAUACCGAUCCAGCUGCAAUUGCUCCUCCUGAUACCACAAUAGUUACUCUGAGUGAAAAUCCAACCCCGACUUCACCCCCCGUGGGUAACAUUUCUUCGCCGGUGCUGGCUAAGAGUCUCCCACCGCGAAAACACACGCACUGCUAUGGAUGGAUCGAGAGCAACGAAGAGGAUCUUGGCGAGUUUAUAUUUUUUCAGCCGGCAACCGGAUCAUUCCAGGAGAAGCCAACCCUGCCGCAGCAACAGCAACAGCAGCAGCAGCAGCAGCCCAAGAGAGUGUCGUUUGCGGCUCAAGGGAAGAGAAUACGACGGUCGAGAUGGGACGAGCAUCCCGGCGAACCUUAGCUCCUCUUGGGACUAUGUUUUGGUGAGUUUUGCUGCAACACUCGAGAAUAUGUGCAUUCUUGUUUGAAGAUGAACAAGGCAUGUAUAAUAUAUAUAUAGAUAUAUAUAUAUCACAUCAUUUAUGGGAUUUGUUAAUGUACUUUGAUCUAAAAAUAGCAUAGAUGUUACAUUGUGACU